UUCUCCGAACUGUUGUUAGCUUAUACAUUUUUUCGAGUCUCCCUCAUCUCGCUUAUUAACAUAUUUAAUCCAUCGCUUAUUAAAUUUUAAGCUAUGGUUCUGUAUUUAGAUCAUGAACGAUCUAUAUUAAUCUGAUGUAAAGUCUUUAUCACAAGAAUAAUUUGAUGAAAUAUAAGUCAAUCUGUACAAAAUGUUAACAAAAGUGUAAAUUAUCGUCGGUUACGUCACAAACCCCGUAAUUCUGUAACACAAAAUUUUACGGAUUGAAAUAGUGGCAAGAUAUUAAAUUUCGAAAAAAUUAAAGAAAAAUAGUUCAAGUAAAUUAACACGAAGUGAGUUAGCUUUAAAUAAAAUGGCGGUUUGGGCUGCAAGAUUUUUUCUCUAGACUUUUAAAUUGUGAUGGAUUUUUUAGCCUUUAUGAGCUUUUCUGCUACAUGCUUUCAGAAAUUAUCCUAGGGUGCAUUCCACUAAGCACUCACUACAAUCACGACCAUGAUCUUUCACGUUCCACUUAGUCCAGAACGUUAUGAUUGUAAACCUAAGUGGAAUGGAUUACAAGGUGUUUUGAGCUUUGAGAUAAAUAUUAGAGAAUGGCAAAACAGAAAAAAUGAAGUGAAAGCUUUAAGAUGUUAUAUUAUAAUUUGUAAGUUAUUGAAUUUUUUUGGAGAGUGCUCAACUGAUUUACAUCGUAGCCGCGAUUUGGAACGCCCAAAAGAGUAUUUCAGACGCCGUGAACGCUUAGUGGAACGUACCUCUAAUGGUAUCAAAAUGAUGAUAUAGAAACAUAUAUGUAAUACUAUUAUAUGGACAGUUGGUUUGGGAAAAAUGCAUGUAUGUAAUACUUUUAAAUGGACAGUAUAAAUGGGAAGGAAUGUCCCUCUAUUAAAGUGCUAACAAUUACUAUUUUCUCUCUCGUUCCGGAUACCUCGUUCAGGUUGCGCAUGCUUGAUAAUGCGCAGACCCGCGCUGAAACCUAGGAGGAGAGAGAAAGAGUUAUCAUUCUUUCUUCCUUAGUCGAAACAGCUUCCACUUAUAGAAACUGUCCAUAUAGAUGUAUUACAUAUAUAGUAAAACUCCUAUAUAUGAACAGUUGGUAUGAGGAAAAAACGUCCUACGUUACGGUGUCGAUAAUAUUCAUUUUCUCUCUCGUUCGAGAGACUUUAUCUAUACUGCGCGUGCUUGAAAAUUCUGUAAAAUAUGUAUAGACCGAAAAUAAUUGUAAGAAUAAUUUUGUGGUUAUAAUUAGGUUUACGUAUUUAUUAUUAAUAAUAUUUUGGAAAAAUUGUGCUAAGUUCUUUAAUUUUUGGUGUUUUAACAUCUCAGUACUUUAUUUUCAAUAACCAUAUGGCGAAAUCAUGUUAUUUAUGUGAUAGAAAAGCAUCUCAAGCUGAUAAUAUUUCAUUGCACAGGUUUCCAAAAAAUUUGGACAUACGUAUAAAAUGGCUCAAUGCUUGUGGUCUAACUAUUAAUGAUGAUGUGAGAAGAACUACUAUAUGUUCUAGACAUUUUAAAGCUGAAGAUAUUUGUCAAUCUAAUAUUUUUGGAAUGGUUAAAUCUUCGAUAAAACGUAAUGCAGUUCCUACAAUUUAUAUUCCAAAUCCAACCAAUAUUAAUGCAAGUAAUAAACCACAGCUGAACAGUACAUUAGAAAAUUUCAAAGUUGAAACGUCAGAAAGGAGCAUUAAUUCUGGUGUCUAUGAAAAAGAUUUUAUUGAAAGUAAUUUCAUAAAAAUUGAAGAUGAAAAUAAUGUUCCAGACAAGAAUACGUCUCCAAGUCAAUGUCAAAAACGUAAAUUUUUCGACCCCCGUUAUGUUAGUGAAAUAUCACCAACAGAUUUUUCGACGCCCAAAAAAGCUAAAAGAACCCUUGAUUUAAUUAAACAAACUGAUAAAAGAAAAACAGAAAAAAUAAAACAGUUACAGAGAAAAAUUAGAAAUCUUCAACAAAAAGUUGAAUCUUUGCAAGAUUAUAUAAUUCAUCUGAAAGAAAACCAUGUUAACAGAUGAGAGGGGUAAUGCUCUGAUGGUAUAGUAUAUUAUUAUAUUAUAUUAUUAUAAUGAAAAAAUUUAACUAAUAAUUUUGUAAAUAAGAAUAUUAAAAUUGAUAUUCUAUUAUAGAUGAUAGAAUAUUUAUCAUCGAAAAUAAAAACAAUUUUACGUGUCUAUUUUUUUUGGGAUUUAGCUCCUUUUGUUGACAAUAUUGUUUUGUAUAUUACAGGCUGUUUCAUAUAAUGUCUAUUAGAAGUAUAUAAACUGGUCACAAUAAUAUUAAACAAAAAUUAAGGUGAGGAAUUUGUUUACUUUUACUAAUGGAAUUUUUGUUAGUGGCAGUCAUAAUGCAAUGGCAAGAGACUUUAUAAUGUCGAGCAACGUGCAAUAUUCAUCUAUACAAUAUUUUGAACUUACAUGAAUUUGCAUGCGAUUUCUUCCAAAGUCAAAAUAUUUCAUAGAUCAAUAUUGUAAACAAAUUUCUAAUGUCAAAUUUUAUUUAAUAUUUUGUGACCAGUUUAAAAUUGAAAAUAACAAAGCUAAGUCAAAAUGAACAAGAAAAAAUUGGUCAGUGAUUUACUGGAACUAAUUAUAUUUGCCACUGCCCCGCUUUUGGAUCCUUAUGCGUGCAAGAAAUAUUACAUCUUUCAUUGCAUUGCACGUUGUGUUGCAUUAUAUCAAACGGCCUUUAGCGGGUGAAAUCUCGUCAUUAAGACUUCUAAGUUUUGAUUUUUUUUCCAUUUGUUGCAUCUCAGAAUAUUUGGGUGCCAAUUUUCUUGAUUUUUGAACUUUAUUUGGUUCCUUUAGAAGGUUGCUUACAUAUUUUGAAUUGUCCGCCCAAUUUUUGCAAACUCAUUCCCAGUUUUCCGUGAGCUUCUCUAACCUUUUUUGUUUUUUUUUGCUUUUCUACCUAAUUAUAUCUUUCUUUCACUUGAAAUCAAUUGAAAUACCCGUUUGAACGCAUCGACAGAUAUCGUAAAUUGUUUGUCUGGCUAUUCCCAUUCUUACGAACAUCUUGAUUUUGUUCAGAAAACUUAUUGUUAUAAUAAAUUUCUAACAGGGAUGUAAUAUUUAUACUUGGGACAGUUGACAACUCCCAAAUUACGAGUAAUAAUUAAUAAAUUCUCAGCAUACUUCACUUGCUAAGCUAUCUAAAAAUGUGCGGAUUUUUUGUCCCCACAUCCUUAUCUCAAUAACCACGAACAAUGUGGAAAAAUAUAUGAGACCUAAAUUGUUGAACGCAAAAGAAGAAUGAAAAACUAUCUCAAAAGAAAUCCAAUUACUAAAAAAAUGUUUUUUGAAAAUAGCAGGAAAUAAAAUUUUGGUCGAUAAUUUGAAACUUUUUAUGUCCUCCCCACGUAUCACAUAAAAAAUCCAUCAAUCUCGAUUCAUAUACAUUUCCAAAUGUAUAUAAUGACUGUACUAUUACUUCAGAGACGGUUUGUGAUAGCUUUCAAAAACUUUUGCGGUGUAAAUAAUAAGAUAGAUCACAACACUUUUCAAAAUAUUCCCUUUGAGAUUAUUGUCCGAAAUUGGUCUUCUUCUCAUAAGGUACUGUUUUAUGAUUGCAUUCUUCAAAUUGCCAGUUGUUUGAGAUAGUUAAUUUGGGUAAAGGUGCUGAAUUGUGGCCCGAUAAAUAUUUUUUUCGAAUUUUAGUUGAUUUUAAUAAAUGAAACGUUUAACAAG